AGGCGCAUUUAAAUUUUAAGAAAAGUACAAGAGUGAGAAUAACAAAGCAUAUGUCCAAACACGUAUAAAUGCUUUAGAUGAGUUGCUGAAGGAAUUUAAGGAUAAUCAUAAACAUUUAAUACAAAUAGCUGUUCCAGGGCAAAUAAAUUCGUUUCCGUAUUUUGGCACGUGCUCUAUGCGUAUUCCUGCUGAUAGCUGUGCAUCAAAGACUAUAUACAAAUGUUGUAGCUCAACAAAAAUAUGUCACAGAAAAAGAAUUUGUUUUAUCUGGGAAGUUAUUAGUUAGCACUCGACGACUUAACUCAACAGUCAACACUUUAAUAGUCAGUCCGUCAGCACCCACCAAUUCUGAAUUCUCUGGUGGCUAGUGUACACAUUAUUCAAUAGCGCAGACGGCAGAAUCGAAAAAGAUGUCUAAAAUUCUUGUUAUAAAACAUCUUCCAACAAAUUUAACUUUUCAAGAAAAAGAACAACUUUUAAAGCAUUUUGGAGCUGAAAAUGUUUGGGAAACUGUAAAGAAACCUUUAGUGGUAUUUGCCUCUUUUUCUACGAAAGAAGAAGCCGAAUCAGUAUUACGUAGAUUGCAUCAAUUGGAAGUAGCAAAAAGACGCCUCAUUGUAGAGUAUUCAUACGAAAAAGAAUCUUAUUUACAUCAUAGAAAGUCAGUAGGAGAAUCAUCUAUAACAACACACAAAAUUAGGGAUUUUUUACGAGUAUUAAAUGCGUGGAAUCCUUCUGUUGACUUUUAUCAGCCUCCACCUGCACAUCUUAGUUACAAAUAUUCUUGUUUGGACCCAAAAAUAGCUGUGAAUAUUAUAUUUUCAAUGUUUAAACAUAAACCAUUCUACGUUCAAGCUGUCCAUCUAAUGAAUAAAAUGUGCAUUGAUACCCCUUUCAGUGACAAUCCAGAAGCCAUUACUUUUUUUAGAGAAACAUUUCAUGAACUUUUUUUUAAGGACAUAAUUUUUCCUCCACAUGAAAAACUUAGUGAAUCAGAAUCAGAAAUUGAGUCUGGUGAGGAAGGUGACAGAACUUAUCAAGCCACACCAUCCUUAGUAAAGCGCCUCCACACAUUGAAAAAUCCUCUCAAGAGAAAGGGCUCUACACCUAAGCUAUUUGCUCCUCAUAAACCCCAAGGUAAGAAAAAACACAAACAGGCAGAGGUAUUUGAUGUUGUGACACCUGUUACUGAAGGUAAAAGAAUAUCGGUAGUUAUUCAUAAAGAUAUUCAACAAAAACCACUGGAACAGCCUGAGGUAGUAGGUAAACUAGGAAUACUUGAAAAAAAAAUUAUACCUUCAGAGCAACCUUCAGAAACUAUUGAAGAAGAGCAACCUACAAUUACCCGGAAAGAGCUUUUAAAGAAUAGAAUGUCCUAUAAUGACAUGAAAUUACUUCCAGUAUAUAAAAAUUAUACUCCCGGACAACCAUCAAUGAGGCUUUACUUAAAAAAUUUAGCUAAGACAGUAAAAGAACAAGAUGUUAUAAGGAUAUAUAGGCAAUAUAUAGAAAAUUUAUCAGAGGAGAACCAAAAUGGCUUUGACGUUAGAGUGAUGCAAGAAGGAAGAAUGAAAGGGCAAGGUUUUGUUACAUUUCCAUGUAUAAAGAUAGCAGAAACAGCACUAAAUGAAACAAAUGGGUUUAUUCUUCAAGAUAAGCCUAUGGUGGUCCAAUUUGCAAGAGUAGCUAAUAAGAAAACCAUAGACUAAGUACAUGGAUCACUUUCGUACUAUUAUUUCAAUCCAUAACAAAGUUGUCAAUGAUUUUAUAAUAUAGAUCCUGAAUUGAAUAUGUUUAAAUAUUAUUUUUAUAACAACUGUUUUACUCUUAUAUUGAUGCAACUGGAUUGGAGAGGUUUACCUAGUAAGACUACAAGAGGAAAAUAUGUAUAUGAAAAAUUAAAACCAUUUCAGUUACAAUUGAAGGUAAAUGAAUAGGAGCUACAGCCAAAUU